UAGCAAAGUUUUUAUUUGUUCAUUUGACGGUGUGUACGUGCCGGAAUAGUGCCGUGAGGUGAGCAGCGAGUUCGUGAGCUGGACCAUUCUGUCGCACAAUCGUGGCCCCGAGGGAAGAUGGAUAAAAGGGCGCGAGACAGAGAGAAAUAUUUUCUUCUCUUACUCUCGCGUUCACUGUGUAACCAGCCCAGCAAUUACAGCAGCAUUCGAUCUGCCGAUAUCCCUGCAGGACUACCCUAUUUGACGGGAGACUGAGCAGAACGGAGGACGGUGUGUCGGAUGGAGCAGGCCCGGCCUGGCGCGUCCUUAUGUUUUCCACACCGGUUCAGAUGAAUUCUGAAAGGACGCUGCGUGGUUGAUAAGCGUCAGCUUCAUUUUCUUAAUUUUCCUCUGCCGGAUGAUUGAGUGGUAAUUGAGCGGCUCUUUUGACGCAUCAGGAAUCAAGCGUGGCCGUGAUGAUGGAGUCGGGCCUGACCAACUGGGGUGAUCUGCUCGUCUUUGGAGUGUUUCUCUUUUUCUUAGGGAUCGGCUGGACUUUCGGUCGGUGCUACAGUGACUUCUACAAGGAGUGCGACUCCAAAAGCCGCAACGAGAUCAUGGAGGCUCUCUUUGUGCGCUCCACCGUGGAAGCGGCUGCAAUCCUCGGCUUUGCUGGACUUGUACUUCUGCUGGGGAUGUUACGCAGGGAGAUGGACCUGCCCCUGGAGGGCAGCAGGUGGAGCAUAUGGUUUGCCUGGGUGCCGUUCCUGGUCUACGCGGUGUGCCGACUGGCCGAGGACCGCUGGGCGGGGCUGUGGAGGCGAGUCAGCCGGCUCUGCCUCGCCGGGACGUUCCUGUGCCAAUUCGUGGCCCUGUCUGCCCACAUGCACCGCUUCCCGCCCGGCACGGAUCGCGCCAUGUACGAACCCCAGUGCCUGUUGGUGUUAGUGGCGACCGGCAUCACGAUCACUGAGGUGGUGGUACCGCUGAAGAGGCGUAUGCGAUGGGUCCGCCCAGGAUGCACGAUGGUACAAGGUACUUGGUACGUCCAAAUUGGCUUCACGUUAUGUGUCAGUGGACGCGAGUGGCAACUGGAGGACAACGUCACAAUGACGGUGGUAUUCAUAUUCCUAUGGCAUUGUGCACUUAGUUCUAUCAUCAUUCAUUUUGUGCGGAAAACGGUGAGAUCCGCACUCUGCGCCGAGCCGUACAUCCAAGGUGACUUCGAGUCGUGUGAUGAAGACUUCGACGUGGAUAACAUUUAUGACGAUGAGCAAAUUUUUGAGACCAUUGGUCCUUCGGAGGACGUCGAGAACCCCAAAACAUGACCGAAUCACAUCCAUCCAGCUGCUGUUUAAACUGCAAAUGUAACCAAGUGAUUAGAUGAAUGCAUGCACGUGGAUCUUUUGGAAGUAAAGUUUAAUAUUUUCAGUUGUUUGCAAAUCCAAUGCUGGGAAUGAUUGUUGAAGAAUGCCAGUAAAACUUACCUAAGUGAUAGGAGGAACAUAAUUAUUUCAAAACAAAACAGCAUUUUGUCAAUGUUAGCUGGACAGUUAUAAGUGCUACCAACCUCAGCCUAGGAUACAACCAUUUGAGGUCGCAUUACUUAAAUAUUCCUAUGCAUGCGAAAUUCAGGCCACUGAAAGGAUGGCUUCUCAAUUGAUGAAGAAAAAACCACACCAUCACCGUUUCCUGUUUCUGCGAUUGUUCCAAUCUUUUUACUGCGGCAUCUUGCAAGCUAAAUUGUAAAUUCACAGCCCACACACCACUCUAGAUGCGGGAGACAGUACCACUGACAUACGCUAUGUUCAGCUUGUUUUGGUAAUGUGAUGUAAAUUGCCUGUUAUAAUGGCAGCAAAGGUGGAUGAAUCGAUAAAUUCACGAAAGUUCUAUGUUCCUUUUAAAGAUACGGUAGACUGCGCAUAUACGUGUCAUUGUUACGUUGAUUGAUGCGAUGCGAUUUCAGUGGUAUACUAUAAAAUGUUGUAAAAAGCCUGUAUUUUUUUGAACGUGAACUGUUUUAGAAAUGACAUUAAAUUUUUUGUUAAACUCAAAAGCAAACAGAUACUUGCUUAGAAGAAUGUGUAAAUUAAGGGAAAGGAAUCAUUCGAGGAACUUUGUGCCGAAUUUGCUACUGUUUUCUUUUUAUCCUGCCGAAAAAAACUUGCCGAAUGGGGUCCAUUGAUUUUAUUAGCCGACCAUUUUCCCCAGUGGGAAACACUUCAAUAUGUUCGUUGGCCAGACUGUAACAAAAUUAUUAAAGAUAUGAAGUUCGCUGUUCUCAGACAUUAAAAUCGUUGAAGAGGAAACAUUGGUUGUAGGUUAAUGGAGGUAUAGUAGGGAAAACAAAAACUUAGUCAGUUAUCUUAGUCAUAGCAAACUCGACACAAACACACAACACAAAACAAACGAAGUCAAGUUCAGUGAGACAAGCGAAAUCGAAUGCGACACCAGCUCCCCAAGGAUUCCGCAUUUUGAUUCAUGCAUAA